UUGACAAAAUUCGGAAGACCAUAGUGAUUGCAUGAAACUUCAGGAGACUCCUAAUCAAAUCGGGCAAGUUGGAAAAUACAAGCGGUAGGGUAUCCUGAUUACUUACUGUAUUUCAAACGCAAAUAUUGAGAAAAUUAGUGAAUAAAUAUGAUGCAACCAGCUUACAACUUUCCUUGUCUCAGUUCUGAAGAUUUGUUGAUCUUCCUUCAAGGGCUGUUUCUAGAUGAAUUUGCCAUCUCAGAAAAUGAUUUGAAAAAUCCUCAGCCUCUGCGUGUUCAAGCACUCUACUCCCACUUGCUGGAAGCUACACUAAACAUUACCCCAGACCAGUUGAAGCAGCCCCAGCUUGAAGCAACCAACUACCUUAGCUACAAUGAACUACAUGAAGACUCUGUUCCACUCAUCAUGUUCACACUUGUCAUGCAAAGGUUUAUGGCAUCUUGCGGCGUGAAUGAUUUUAAACUGAAGGAUUUAACAGCACCAAAGCCGAAGCGGUUUCAGCGAAACCUGAGUGCCAUUGUCAAUUACUACCGAUUUAAAGAAGAGAGGGUGCCAACAUUUGAACGCAUCAAACAAGAAACUGAUGCAACGAACGAGCAGUAUCAGUGCUCCCUUCGAGAAAUUGAUGAAAUGAAAGCUAAAAUUAACAAGAUCAAAGCAAAACGAGCAGAAGAUGAGCCCCAGGUGCAACAGCUUUGUAGCCAGGUGGAGGAACUUGGAGCUUGCAUGUCAGCCUACCAAAAGGAGCAGGCCAUUCAACAGAAAGAGAUACAGCAGCUGAAGUCAGAAAUUGCAGAGAAAGUUGCCAAAACGGACCAGUAUAAAGUGACAACACUGAGUGCUAGAGAAGAUGGUGAUAAACUGAGAAUACAAAUUGUCCAGUCACCCGAGAAGAUGAAGACCAAGAUCGACAGCAUGCACAGCGCCAUCAACAGCAGCAGAAUGACCAAAGAAGACAAGGCGCUGUGUCUCCAAGAAAAGAGAACACAGCGAGAGAAAAUGGCUGCCAUACACGAAUGCUGCGAGCAAGUUUCAAGACUCAUCUCGGCAAUUAACUGCGAACUUGAUAAGCAAAGGGAAGCAUCUGGUGAAGUAGAGAAGGUCCGUGACAACCUUUCUGUCCAGAGGGACGUGUUGAGAGACCUGACUGCGAAAGAGAACCAGUUUAAGCGACAGGUGGUGUCAAAACAAGAGAGAAAAACCAAGUUUACUUUACAGCACCAAAGCAAAAUGACUGCAACUUCUGAAGCUCUUCAAAUGUCCAAGAAGGAAUGUGAAAUGUGUGAAGAAAAACAGCAGAAGUUACAACAGUAUUUGAAUAAAGUAAAAGAAGAAAUGGAGAAUGUACAGCAAGAGAGGAACGAUAAAGUGAAUAAACAUGAGGAUGACAUGAAAAGUUUGCAAGACACUUACGCAUCUUUACUGGAAGCAGUUGAUGGUUACCAUAGAGACAUUGCUACCACCUGGAACAAAGUUGCUCCGUGGCAGGUGUCUCAGGAUGAAAAGUGAAAUCAACAAGCAACGAAGAUUUAGCUGUUAGCUGCCAUAUUAUAAAUUAUUAUUAAAGUUCAUUGACUUAUGAAGCAAUUAUUCCGGAGUGGAAUACUGUACUGCACUAUACAGCUUCCAAAAAUUGCCUUUUAUGCCUUUAGUGUAUGAAAUACGACUAUAUUAAUUGCUUAUUACUUGAUUAAUCUUAUUAUCUGUAAUCAUGUAUACUGCCACCAACAAUGAUCAAUUUAAUUUUGCUUUGUUCAAAACUUUAUACAAGAUAACUACAGUAUAUCUGUGUCAAAAUUAGAUCUUUUCUUGUCACAGCCAGUGUGUAAACAAUAUUUGUGGUAGAAAUAGUGCCUAAUUUCUAAUAAACGUCUUUGUAUAUAUGUUUUA